AUGGCGACGAGGCCAAACAUGACGUUGACACGAGAUGAAGUGCAUGAGUUCGUACGAGUACUGAGGGCUGAGAUGGAGAAACCAGCCUUCAUUGAAAGUGUCCGCGCUGCCGCAUUGAAGGAACCCAUACCGACCUCUCUAUUAGAACUAUUACUCAUUUACGAGAAGAAGCAGGUGGAGUUCCUCACCAAUCACAACGCCAAUAGGCAACAAGGAGCACAAAACCAACAAGGCAGUGUUGAGGGAGGCGAUAUCGAUGGUAAUGCAGGUGACGAUACGACCGCUUCAUUAACUGGUGCCCGCAUUUUGGAGGAACUAAAGAUGGCUGUAACGGGAUACCCUGACCCUGAAACAACAUCGUUAAUUAAGGCAAUGUGUAUGGUGGAAGAAUCGCAACUAUUAACGAUAUCUGCGACAACGCCGGAGUUGCAGCCGUUAAUGGGCAAUCAUAAUUGUAAUGAUCCCUCUCAUUCUCAUUCUCAUUCCCACGAACACGGUCACUCCCACGAUCACGGGCAUUCACACAGUCAUGGACAUUGUCAUGGUCAUGGCCCUUCCCAAGAGCAAAUGAUGAUGAUGCAGAUGGCAAUGCAAUCUCUGACACCUGCAAUGCGUACGGAUAUGGAAAAUAUACAGCGUAGUAUUAUGAGCGGCCAACGCCUAACGCCCGAGCAGGCAACCAAAAUGCGAAACAUUCAAAUGCACACAAUGGCAUUCAUGAAUACUGUGAAACGAUUCGGUAGGGGUGGUGGGACAGGCACCCCACCGACAGCACAGUGA